UGUACUUGUUCAAUCACACUCACUCCUGUCACCCUGUCUGGGGAACAUCGAGGGCACCAUCACAGUCAGCUCGUUCUUGUGGGACCAAUCAGCACGUUUAUCACUACUGAUGUUCACUAGAAAUUACUUUACUUAGGUGACCUACGAGAGAGGUUUUAUUGCUGACCCCGGGGCUUCUCGGACUCACCGCGCGCUGACCAGCAGCAACUUCGCAAACUUGUUCGUUCACAUCGUCUCUGAGGACUUCACCGAAGCGGCGAUGGAGCAUCAUCGGUGCUUUUCCGCGCUUAUUUUAACGCUGAUGUCCUGUGUUCAUUAUUCCCUGAGCAUGGAGAGAAAUAAGGAUAUUCCAACAGAAAAACUACUUGUACUUGCUGUUGCAACACAGGAGACGGAUGGCUUCCACCGCUUCAUGCAGUCAGCAAACUACUUCAAAUUCAAUGUGAAGGUGCUGGGGAUGGGAGAGGAGUGGAAGGGAGGUGAUGUGGGUCGAUCCAUCGGUGGAGGCCAGAAAGUUCGACUGCUAAAGGAAGCCAUGGAGUCUCUGGCUGACCAAGAGGACUUGGUGGUCUUAUUUGUGGACAGUUAUGACCUCAUCUUUGCUGGUGGACCUGAGGAGAUUUUCAGAAAGUUCCAGCAGACCAAUCAUAAGCUGGUGUUCGCUGCUGAGGGAAUCAUCUGGCCAGAUUCUCGACUGGCAGAGAAGUAUCCUUCUGUCCGCAAUGGGAAACGCUUUCUUAACUCUGGAGGCUUUAUUGGCUAUGCUCGAUACAUUCAGAAGAUUGUGAAACAGUGGGACCUUCAUGAUAAUGAUGAUGAUCAGCUAUUCUACACAAAGGUCUACGUGGAUCCACUUCAGAGGGAAAAACUUAAUAUGACCUUGGACCACAAGUGUGAGAUUUUCCAGAAUUUGAAUGGAGCCGUGGAUGAAGUUAUCCUGAAGUUUGGGACGGAGCGAGUGCGAGUGAGAAACACUGUCUACAACAGUCUGCCAUCCAUUAUCCAUGGAAAUGUGAACACCAAGAUAUACUUCAAUUACUUGGCCAACUACAUCCCCAAUGUGUGGAAUUAUGAGCAAGGCUGUACCAUCUGUGACCAAGACAUGGUGGAUUUGUGUGAAAACAUUAAAUUUCCACAAGUGACUGUUGGUAUAUACAUUGAGCAGCCGACUCCAUUCCUGCCAGAGUUCCUGGAGAGGUUCCUGAGUCUAGAUUAUCCCAAUGAUAAACUGAAUGUCUUUGUUCAUAACAGUGAGGUUUACCAUGAGAAGCACAUACAGAAGUUUUGGGAAGAGAACAAGGAUGUAUUCCGCAGUUUUAAAGCUGUUGGCCCCGAGGAGAACUUAACUCAAGGAGAAGCAAGGAACAUGGGAAUGGAUUUGUGCCGGAAGGAUCUUUCUUGUGAUUAUUACUUCAGCAUUGAUGCGGAUGUGAUGCUCACCAACCGACAGACCAUAAAACUCCUCAUCGAACAAAACAGAAAAAUAAUUGGCCCUCUUGUCACCCGUCAUGGAAAAUUGUGGUCCAACUUUUGGGGAGCCCUGAGCCUGGAUGGUUAUUAUGCAAGAUCUGAGGACUACAUUGACAUUGUGCAAGGAAAGCGUGUUGGUGUGUGGAACAUCCCCUUCAUGGCCCACAUCUACCUCAUAAAGGGCCAGACUCUGCGAAAUGAGCUCAAAAAUAGGAAUGUCUUUGUCUUGGAGAGAUUGGACCCCGACAUGGCCAUGNNNNUGGAUGCAAGAAACCUUGGUGUUUUCAUGUAUGUUACAAAUCGUCAUGAGUUUGGAAGGCUUAUUUCGACUGCCAACUAUAACACAUCUCAUUAUAACAAUGACCUUUGGCAAAUAUUUGAAAACCCACUGGACUGGAGAGAGAAAUACAUCCAUCCCAACUAUACCCGAAUUUUCACUGACAACGUCUUGGAGCAGCCAUGCCCAGAUGUUUUCUGGUUCCCUGUGCUCUCGGAGAAAGCCUGUGAUGAGCUGGUGGAGGAGUUGGAAAACUAUGGUUCAUGGUCUGGUGGAAGACACGAGGACAAGCGUAUCAAUGGAGGCUAUGAGACCGUCCCGACAGAUGACAUUCAUAUGAAACAGAUCGAUUUCGAUAAGGAAUGGCUGCACUUUAUCAGAGAAAUCAUCUCCCCUGUCACUCUCAAGGUCUUCUCUGGCUAUUAUACCAAGGGCUAUGCCAUUAUGAACUUUGUGGUGAAGUACACUCCAAACAGACAAGCCUAUCUAAGACCACAUCACGAUUCCUCAACAUUCACCAUUAAUAUAGCUCUCAACAACAAGGGCUUAGAUUUCCAGGGUGGAGGUUGUCGAUUUCACAGAUAUAACUGUUCCAUAGAGUCUCCUAGAAAAGGUUGGAGCUUCAUGCAUCCAGGUAGACUCACUCACCUUCAUGAAGGACUACCUACGACCAACGGUACACGCUACAUAGCGGUGUCCUUCAUAGAUCCUUAGACUCCCACAUAGUUCUAGUAGUUCUACACUAGGAAUUUACUAGCCUUGAUAUGUUUGUGUAGUGUCAGCUGUUUGUCUGUUUUUACUGAUUUAUUCUUGGUUUAUGUGUUGUGUGGCUGUUUGUAUUUUCUGUCUUUUGAAACAUUUACUACUGUCUAGAGAAAAUGCUGUUUAACAUAAGUUUAAUAAAGUCGACUGAUGCAUACACACACAUACAUGCGCACGUGCAUUCUGGUAGACUUUCAUACAUAUGAACCUUGUUUCAUUACUCAAAAUUAUAUGAGAGAUUUGACCAUAAUUUUGUACUUGGACAAAAAAACAAAUCAGGUGAGGUCAGUAACUUUUCAUUUAAAGGGGUCAUAUGAU